UCCAUUGAGCCUCAAACAAUACGGUUAUUGAAAAAGAAAUUAGUUUCACUGCCAUAAAAACUUAUUUAUAUAGUAAAUAAACAAAGAUUUAGAUGUGUUUUUAUCAAAAUACUAAAAUAAUAGCCUCGAAUAAAUUAUACUUCACUAAUGAUUAUUUUGACUAUCCAGACUGUUGUCAUCAUAAUUAUGCUCGUAUUAGUUUCUUUAAAAUCCAUCAAAUCAAACCUUGAAAUUGAAUUGCUACAAAGUUUAGAUCGAGCCUUGCAAUGUACUCGUCCCUCGCCACCAGAACAGCCUGUAAUAGCCAUGACUCCUCGCCGUAUAUCACAACUUGUUGCUUUAAUCAAAACAAAUAUAGAAACUCCUAACUGCAUUGGACGCUUACCUGAUAAACGCUUUAGCCUAGAGGAUGAAACAACCUGGAAUUUCUGCGUAUUUGGUACUUGUGAAGAAAAUAUAUGUCGAUGCCUUCGAACUCAUACGGGAUAUAACUGUGCCUAUUAUAAGAAGAAAAACUGUUGGAUGAUGUACUGCUUCCUUGAAGGUUGCCAACCAUCUGUACAAAGUCUGUAUUGUUCAUGCAAUCCAAUUUUAUAUGGGACUAAAGUUUUAACUGGACAAUAUUGGUACAACAACGUAAAUAAACCUAUGUCUCUACCACCACCUAUCAAUUGGAAGGGUAAGGACUUUAUCAGCAAAGAAGGCUUAAAUUCUCAACUAGAGAAAGAGCAAGGAAUACAGAAAGAUGUAAUUCCUUCAGAAAUGAUUCGAGCCGGAAAUAUAUCUCAAGAUUUUCACAUCGAUUCUUCCAGAAAAAGCGAUUUAGGAAAUUUUCAAUUGAAAAAAACUUUUACGAAAACGGCAGAUCAUAAUUUAAUCAAAAUAAAUCAAAAUGCUGAUAACACCAAUGAUCAAGACAAGACGGCUAAUCUUGCAUUACAAGAGGAAGUUACGGAAACAAAAACAAAUAAGGAAACAGAAGACGUAAAGGAAGCAUUAGAAGAAGCUGUAGAGGAAUCAUCAGCAUUUGUUUUCAUAAGUAACGAAUAUUUUGUAAUAAGUAUUGCUGUAUUGUGUAAUCUAUAUAUUUUUUUAUUUAUAACAUAAUCUUAAACUAAUAUCCACGGCAAUAAAAUAUUUUACCAACUAAUUUUUUUUUAAA